GUAUCUGUUAAUAAAGUUACAUUUUCAACUUAGUCGGUCACGUUUUUCCUUAUAUUCGGCGUUACUCCAAAGGAGGAACUUUUGUUCUGAACAAUGUUUCGCAUCGACCUGAUAUAUAGUACGGUAAAAACGUCACUGACGCAAAGGAGGUUGUCGGAAGUCUUCGUGAUCAUGGUGGAAAACUCUCCGUCUCCCCUGCCUGAGAGAGCCAUUUAUGGCUUUGUGCUCUUCCUGGGUUCACAGUUUGGCUUCUUUUUGUACUGCCUGUGGGCGUAUGUACCAGAGGAAUGGCUUCAUUCAGUAGGACUCACCUACUGGCCUCAGAAGUAUUGGGCUCUUGCGAUGCCAAUCUACCUCCUGGUUGCCCUAAUGGUGUCUUUGGUUGUGUUGUUCGGCAUUAACAUGAACAACACGGCUCCGCUGGACUCUGUGGACAACGUCACAGAUGUAUUUGCACAAGGUCAGAGGUCAGACUGCUACAGGAAGGGCGGAAUACCCCGACUGGAGGACGUCUCCAUCAGUGAAGUCAACAAAAUGUUCUAUUUAUCCUCUGAGACGUGACAAACAGAGUAACUGAGCAGUGGGCGGGUUAACAUUCACUGGCCGUCACUGUUUAGUUCAUUUGAUUGUAGUUUUCUUGUUAGAAAAAACUCAGUCUUGUAUAACAACCGUGAUAUAAUUGUUAAUAUAAAGAAAUACCCAGAUUUUUAUUUAUUUUUCUUUCUUUACGGGUCAAUGUGUCUCUUAAAUGCAAAGUUUUGUGCAGCAAAUAAUGUUUUUAUAAAGCUCUAAGUAAAGUAUGGCUGUAAAUCUGUAAUAAAUAUAAUUAUUUUAAAGCAAUUCUAACAUGGAAAUGCAUCAAUUCAUGUUGGAGAUGUUAACAAGGCAACAAGCAAAUAAUACUUUUGUAAAUGAUUAAUUUGUUAAAUUGAUGACGUAAAUCAUAAUGGAAGCAUCAAUGGUAAUGCAUAUUAUAUUGAAAACCUACAUAAAUGUUACAUUUGUCUUAAAACAAUAAAGGACAAUAACUGUUGUGUUUGUGCAGAAG